UUGCCGCCCGCAACACCCUUGAGUCUUUUUCUCCACCGCUUCUCUCUUCUUUGCACUUCUACCUCCCCACUUCACCCUUUUGGGCACCUUUUCUCGUACUUUUUUCGCCUUUCUUUCGUUCAUCGUUCCCUUUGAACUUGUUUCGAAUAUAUCUGCUGCCAUCCGGCUGUCAUCAUGAACAGUCUGGUGGCCACGCCUCCCGUUCCUCCUCAUUUCUACGAAAACCCUCGGCUUUCUCCCUCCCUAAUAAUGUCCACCCCCUCUUCUUCCUACACCAGCCGAAAGCGGAAAGCCGAUGAUGAUGGCAACGACCAUGACGGACGGAUGUCCGCCUCGCCCACCAACUCGCCAGCCUUUACUCCUCGCCAGCUCCCUUCCUUUAGAAACUUUAAGCGGACCCGACCGAACAUCUCUGGCAGACCUCUUUCUCUUCCUCGCCUGCUAGAGACCCUCGACACAGAUGCCUUGCGGACGGUCGUGCGUACCAUGUGCGAGCGCCACCCACAGCUUGCUGAUGAGGUGGCCCAGACCUCUCCUCGACCAAGCGUUUCCUCAACCCUCCAAGUGCUUCGAAACUACCAGGCUGCUCUGCAGUCUUCCUUCCCGCUUGGUGGCAACACCGAGUCCGACUACGCCUACAAUCGAGUUCGGCAGCCACUCACCAACCUCCUCGAGGCCCUGAGUGACUUUACACCGAACUUUCUUCCUCCGAAUGAGACCCAGCCAUCAGUCUCACUCAGCUACCUUGAUGGGGCAACAGAAAUUAUUCACGCCUUGCCUCGCUGGAGCACGCCACAGAACAAUAUCGAGCGGGACUCGGCCUAUGACGAGAUUGGCAAGGCUUGGGUCCUGGUGAUCCGUGAGGCGGCCAAGCGUGGCGGAGGUAUUCAACUCCAGUACGGAGGCUGGGACCAGAAGCUGGCCAAGCACAACCAAACCUCUGGAGGCAAGCUGCAGGGUGUGGUCAACGAGCUCGGCUCGAGCUUGGGAUGGAUGAACGGACCAGACUCUCCUUCCCACGGCCCUGGUGGCAAUGACAUGGGCUCUAUACGAGAUCAGCUUCUUUCAGGCACUUAUGGCAUGGGCACGCCCGUCAAGGUUGGACCUUGGUGAACAUAUGAUUCAUAACGAAUACGUUCCCAUUUCGAUAAUUGGGAUCGACUUCCCCCUACAACGAUAACACCGCGCUCCUUGCGCUACAAUCAAAACUUCGCAUUGACUCCACCGUGAGCCUUCUGGCGGUCCCACAACCUUUCGAACCGCACAAUUCAACGUAUGCCACGAUCACGAUACCUACUGCAUGACCUUUAGAGAAUCCCACAUGGUCUCAGAUUGGCGUUUAUACUAUGCAAAGGCGAACUACCUGACAAUUAACCCUCUUCUUUUUACUUCUUUUUUGAACUUGGUAUUC